GCAGAAUGAGAGGGAGACACAGAAUCCAAAGCAGGCUCCAGGCUCUGAACUGUCCUCACAGAGGCUGAUACGGGGCUCAAACUCAUGAACCGUGAGAUCAUGACCUGAGCCCAAGUCAGUCCCUUAACCAACUGAGCCACCCAGGCAUCAGAUGGUGUUUUUAAUCUUAAUAGAUGUGGUUUAGGGUGUGUCCCACACCCUGUCCCACCUCCUCACUGCCCUAGAGGCAGCAGGCUCCCAGCCCUAUGCACCUGGGGGCGCUACUCAUGGAGUAGUCUCAAGCAUUCUUGUUUCCUAAUCACUUUCACAUUUUGCCCUUUGGGGGUUAGAAUUGUGGCUCAAAUACCAAUAGCUGUGUGACCUUAGGCAAGUCACUUAACUUAUUUGUGUUAGUUUUUAAUCUCAUCAACAGAUAUUUAUUGAGUGCCUUUAAUACCAGGUUCUAUUCUAGAUUCUACAUUAGCCAUUUCCUUUUCCAAUGGUCAGAAAUCCAGGCAAUUUAGUCACUCAUAUGAUUUAGUAACCAAUAUUUCCAGUGGUUCCAAUGUAUUAUUGUGCUUGCAUACAAGGACUCAGAAGAAAAGAUGGUCAGUCUGCUCAUACUACAAAGCUGUAGUAAUCAAAACAGUAUGGUACUGGCACAAAAAUAAACACAUAGAUCAAUAGAACAAAAUAUAGAGUCCAUAAAUAAACCCACACUUGUAUUGUCAAUCUACAACAAAGGAGGGAAGAAUAUACAGUAGGGAAAAGGCAGUCUCUUCAAUAAAUGGUAAAAUUGGACAGCUACCUACAAAAGAAUGAAACUGGACAACCACUUUCUCACACCAUACCCAAAUAUAAACUCAAAAUGGAUUAAAGACCUAAAUGUGAGACCAAGAAAAUAAAUAAUCCAAUUAAAAAUGGGCAGAGGACCUGAAUAGACAUUUUCCAAAGAAGACAUACCAAUGGCCAACAGACAUACGAAAAGGUACUUAAUAUCAUCAGGGAAAUGCAAAUUAAAAUUAUAACGAGAUAUCACCCCACACCAGUCACAAUGGCUAGAAUAAAAAAGACAAGAAAUAAUAAGUGUUGGUGAGGAUGUAGAGAAAAAGGAACCCUCAUGCACUGUUAGUAGGAAUGCAAAUUUAUGCAGCCACUGUGGAAAACAGGAGGGAGGUCCUCAAAAAGUUAAAAAUAGAAAUACCACAUGGUCCAGUAAUUCCACUACUGGUUACCCAAAUAAAAUGAAAACACUAAUUUGAAAAGAUACAUGCUCCCGCACGCGCGCGCGUGUGUGUGUGUGUGGUGGAAUAUUACUCAGCCAUGAAAAGGGAUGAGAUCUUGCCAUUUGUGACAAUAUGGAUGAACCUAGAGAUAUUAUACUAAGUAAAAUAAAUUUGACAGAGAAAGAUAAAUACUGUAUGAUUUCACUUCCACAGGAAAUCUAAAAGACAAAACAAAUGAACAACAAAGAGCAAAAAAAGACCCAUAAAUACAGAGAACAAACUGAUGGUUGCCAGAGGAGAGGGGAUGGGGGGAUGGGCAAAAUGGGUGAAGGGGAGAGGGAGGCAUAGGCUUCCAGUUGUGGAAUGAAUAAGUCACCAGAAUAAAAGGUACAGCAUAGAGAAUAUAGUCAAUAGUAUUGUAACACAUUAUAUGGUGACAGAGGGUAGCCACACUUGUAGGGAGCACAGCAUAACAUAUAAAGAAGUUGAAUCACUAUGCUCUACACCUGAAACUAAUGUAACACUGUGUGUCAACUACCCUUUAAUAAAACUAUAAAAAAUAAAAAGAUGGUCAAUCUGCUGAGCCGCCACCUAAACUUUAUCAUGUCAGGGUUAACAGGGUUCUAACUGCAAGCAACUUGGUAAGUCUCCUGAAAGAAACAGUGACUGCACGGGAUGGUAUUAAAACUUUUGGGUCAGGAGGGAAGACAGACUUUCCCUGUCUUCUUGGGAUAUGCCUUGGGUGGCAAGGAAGUCAUCUGGAGGCAGAAAAGACCAACGGCUGCUCUGAGAUCCAGUUGGAUUAUUAACAGGAUGGAUGGCUUCAGUCUAAGCCUGUAUGUUUUUUUUUCUAAUGUCUUCUGACUUGUCUCAGGGUUUAAGAGCCAAAAUUUGAUGAGAAAUUGAGAAAGUGAAUGAGUUGUAAUUUGAGAGUGCUAUCAACUAUCGUAGGGGGUGUCUGGUAAGAAUUGUUUCAACGUUUAUUUAUGGCAUGCACUUUAGUUAUCAGGCACCAUGCUGGGCUAGAUAUACAAUAGAGUGCAGAAGAUAGACAUGACUCUGUACCUGUAUCUAUUUAUGAAAAUGGGAUAAGUACCAAAAAAGUUUAAGAAGCCCAGAGUAUUAUAAGAGAGAAUACUACUGGGAUUCUCUCAUUUAAAUGGAAUGACCAGUGAAAACCUUUCUGAAGAAGUGAUAUUCAGUUUAGAACUGAAGGAUCCUGGGAGCUGGUCAUAUAAAAGUAGGGCAGAAGUGGGUUGCCUGGGUGGCUGAUUCCGGCUCAUGUCACGAUCUCACAGUUUGCAAGUUCAAGCCCCAAGUUGGGCUAUGUGCUGACAGCACGGAGCCUGCUUGGGAUUCUCUCCCUCUUUCCUUCUCUCUCUCUGCCCCUUCCCUGUGCUCUCUAAAUGAAUGAAUGAAUAAAUAAAUAAAUAAAUAAAUAAAUAAAUAAAGUAGGGCAGAGGUGGGGUCAAGAACAUUCCAGCCAAUGGCAGCAUCUCAGGCAAAGGCCCUGAGGUGGGCAAGAACUUUUAAUGAACUGAAAGUCCUGUGUGGCCACAGUGUGUCAUGAGAGGAAGACAGUAGAGAGUUGCAGAGGAAGGAAGAGCCCAGAUAAUGAGGGGCUUGGAAGUCAAUCUAAAGAUACCGGACUUUAUUCUAACGGCAAUGGGAAGCCACUGAAGUGGCAUUUUACUAUUAUUUUUUAUUUUCUUUGAUGUUUAUUUAUCUUGCAAAAGAGUAAGAGAGCACAGGGAAGGGGCAGAGAGAAUCCCAAGUAGGCUCCACAUUCAGCAGGGAGUCCCACUCGGGGCUCAAUUCCAUGACCUUGAGAUCAUGACCUGAACUGAAGCCAAGAGUCGACUGCCCAACAGGCUGAGCCAUCCAGGCUCAGUCUUAUUUUAUUUAUUUAUUAUUAUUUAUUUAUUUAUUUAUUUAUAAAUAUUUAUUUAUUUUUGAGACAGAGAGAAAGCACAAGUGGGGAGGGGCAGAGAGAGAGAACAGAGGAUCCAAAGCGAGCUCUGUGCUGACAGCAGAGAGCCUGAUGUGGUGCUCGAACCUGCGAACCAUGAGAUCAAGACUGGAACUGAAGUCCCAUGUUUGACGACUGAGCCACCCAGGCACCCCCUGAAGUGUUAUUUUAAAAACAGACGGACACAAUCUGAAUUAUAUUUCCAUCAAUGGCAACUGAAGGAGUAACAUGGCUGGCCUCAGAGAAAGGAGGGGAAAGGACAAUGUUGCUGUGCUCCCCCAUGUCAACAGCAGGCCAACCACACCUGAAGAGUAUCAUCAGGAGAAGGAACACACAGCAUCACUGAGUGAGGUUCCAGAAGAAUCUUAAUUCCCACAGGAGUCCUGUUUCUGACUUCAGACUCUUCUGUAUUUAUUAGCUCAGCGAACAUAUGUUUCUUGAGUUUUCACCCAGUGAUAGUGAACAGGAUAGACCGUGUACCACAUGUAAUUUGUUAGUACUCAGUUAUCCUGUCUUUUUAGUCUUUUCCCUGUCCCCAGGGAAGAGUUAGCUGCUGUCCACCAUGGAGCUCUCUGGGCUACUGCUGAGUCACGUCUAGAGCUUCAGGCCACAGUCCACUGAGUCAGCUCUCUGGCUUAAACACUGGAAGGCCAGAAAGAAGGGUCCCUUCUGCUUCCUGUUCUGUCCUCUUAACCUCCAUGUAGCUAACAUGCCACACUGGGGAACGAUCAUUGGAAUUCUUUUACUAAAGAGUCAGGACAAUUUCUGAAGAGAGUUACAACACUAGAGGGACCAUCAUUAACAAUAAUUUGAAUUUCAUCUAAUGAGGUAAGAUGCCUAUAAAAUUCUAACAACUUGUACAAGGAGCGUUCUCUGAUUUGAUUCUGCACUUAAACUUGCUCUCAAGUUUCACCCACAUCCCAUUAAAUCUCUACGACUGGCAAUCUUACCUUUUUCUGAAAGAAAUCCCAGUUCUGAAUCUUUCUCCCCCGUCCAUCCUCAAGGAACCCUGGUUCCAGAAUCAGAGAUGCUGCCAGAGGAAGUAGGAGGGAUAAGGUGAGGAUGAGAAAGUUCCUCAAUUAGUUUCCCACACAUGGGAGCUGCCAGCCUGCUGGCCCUUUGAUUUAUUUAUUGAGUGCAUCUUUUGUUUUUUAAGUUUAUUUAUUUUUAGUAAUCUCUACACCCAACAUGGGGCUCAAACUCACAAACCUUGAGAUCAAGAGCUGCAUGCUGUAACGACUCAGCCAGCCAGGCAUCCCUCCAGUGCUUUUCUUUCUUUCUUUCUUCCUUCCUUCCUUUUUAUUUAUUUAUUUAAUUUACUUUUAGUGUUUAUUUUUGAGAGAGAGAGAGAGAGAGCGCACGAGAGAGCACGCACACGCACAAGCGGGGGAGGGGCAGAGAGAGGAGACACAAGCAGGCUCCAGGCUCCUAGCUGUCAGCACAGAAACCGACUCGGGGCUCAAACUCAUGAACCGUGAGAUCAUGGCUUGAGCUGAAGUCGGAUGCUUAACACACUGAGCCACCCAGGCGCCCUCAGUGCAUCUUUCAAAGGUAAAUAUGUAUGUCCCCCCCCCCCCCCAGCAAUCUGGUUUGAAAAGAUUGUUUCUGCUAAUUAGCAAGGUUCUAGUAGUACUCCCUAUGAUGAGUCCCUAUUCUUGUUUUUUAGGGUUUUUAUUUCUCCAUGAUUUUGCGGACAUAUGAUGUUUGGUGGCAUUAUCAAAGAGCAAUAGUGGUGUUUAAAGACUGCUCUCGGCCUCUAUUUCUGUUCAGGUUCUCCCAGGAUUAGGGGUCAUUGGGUGGGUCGGGGGCAGAUAUUAUGAUUUUUAUUCCUCCUCCUAUUACAGAAUGAAUCAAGAAGCAGGGCAGAGGGAGAUGUGAAAGUAUAGCAUAAUUCUGAUAGAAGAAUGCUAGAAGUUUCUGUGGGAGUUUGAGAGAGAAGAGCAAGGGGGAUCUUAGUCUGAAACAGAGGGUUCCAUCAGUCCAUCAGUCAGUCCACUGGUAGAAUCUCCAGAUACUGAUUGUUGGGCAUCGACUUGUGCUUUUCCCUGCAACCUGUCUCCACCUUCUUUUAUCUUUAGUGGAAGACCAUCAGUUUCUUAAGUAUACAGAUGAAUUACAUGUGGGAAGAUUUCCUACAUUUACAACAAUAAUAUUUGAUAAGAGCUUACUUUGCUGCUAGGGACUAUUUUAAGUGUAUCAAAUGCUUUGGCGCAUUUAGUGCCCACAAUGCCCUAUGAAAUAAGUACUGUUGUGAUCAUGCCCAAUUUUUUCAGUGUUUAUUUUGAGAAAGACAGACAGCGUGAGUGGGGGAGGGGCAGAAAGAGAGAGAGGGAAAGAGAGAAUCCCAAAUAGGCUGUCAGCAUGGUGUCCAACUCAGGGCUCAAUCUCCUGAACUGUGAGAUCAUGACCUGAGCCAAAACCAAGAGUUGGAUGCUUAACUGACCGAGCCACCCGGGCACACCUGAUCAUGCCCCUUUUUUAAAAUUUUACUUUUUUUAAAUUUACAUCCAAAUUAGUUAGCAUAUAGUGCAACAAUGAUUUCAGGAGUAGAUUCCUUAAUGUCCCUUACCCAUUUAGCCCAUCUCCCCCCCACACCCCCUCUAGUAACCCUCUGUUUGUUCUCCAUAUUUAUGAGUCUCUUAUGUUUUGUCCUCCUCCCUGUUGUUAUAUUAUUUUUGAUUCCCUUCCCUUAUGUUCAUCUGUUUUGUCUCUUAAAGUCCUCAUAUGAGUGAAGUCAUAUAUUUGUCUUUCUCUGACUAAUUUCACUUAGCAUAAUACCCUCCAAUUCCAUCCACGUAGUUGCAAGUGGCAAGAUUUCAUUCUUUUUGAUUGCUGAGUAAUACUCCAUUGUAUAUAUAUAUACCACAUCUUCUUUAUCCAUUCAUCCAUUGAUGGACAUUUGGGCUCUUUCCAUACUUUGGCUAUUGUCAAUAGUGCUGCUAUAAACAUGGGGGUGCAUGUGUCUCUUCGAAACAGCACACCUGUAUCCCUUGGAUAAAUGCCUAGUAGUACCAUUGCUGGGUCGUAGGGUAGUUCUAUUUUUAAUGUUUUGAGGAACCUCCAUACUGUUUUCCAGAGUGGCUGCACCAGCUUGCUGACCAUGCCUAUUUUUAUGAUGAGAAAAUUGUGGCACAGAGGAGGGACAGUGACCUGUCCAGUUCACACAGCUAAUAAGUGGAACAGCUGGAAUUUGAAUCCAGGCAGAACUACAAAGCUCUAAGCAUCAUGCAACACUUUCUGUCCUCCCCAGAGGACAGAAAAAUAAGUGUGUUUUUUCACUUAUUUGAAUCUUUGCCAUUUUUAGUAAAAUUUUUACAGUUUAAAAAUAUGACUCUACAAUUUUUUUGUUUGAGUUAUUUCAGGAUACUUUCAACAUUUUUGUUUGUUGGGCUUUUUGUUGUAUGUAUGGUGGAGUUCUUAAAAUGAUAUAUUUUGAUGAUUAUGAACUUUAAACUUGCCAUUUUUAAUGACUAUGAAUAAAGCCAUAUGUGAGUUUGAAAGCACAUUAACCCUACCCACCUCUGAAAGAUAGUGAGAACCUCGUGCGGUCAGUUCUGCUCUUACCUGUCACACUGUCUCAUGGGCAGAGAGUGGGAUGUGGGCAGAAGUGUUUGGGGAAGAGGCAGUGCCAGCUGUUGGAGUCUAACUGGAAAGAGUCCAUGCGUGUGUCACGCUAGGGAAUCUGGACGACUUCCGGUAUCAAACCUUCCAACAGAAGGUUUUAAGCAAGAAAGUGAGAUAAUUGAGUUUGUUUUCACAAGCAUGAUUCUUGCCUCAGUUUGCAGGGUGAUAUGUGCUUGGGACAGCUGGUGGGAGGGAGAGCAGUCAGGGUGCCCUUGCACUAUUGCAGGUGAGAGAUAAUAAGAGUGUGACCUAAGGCAAUGACAGGAAGAAUACAGGACAGGGUGUGCGUAUGUGAGAAGCCGGUUGCAGGGAAAUUCAAUAGUCCUGGCUUAAAUGUUGCAGAAGAGAAAGAGAGAGGAGUUGAAGUUGUCACCAGAAAGACAACUUCAAGUGAAACAAGUUGAAACAAGUUUCAAGUGAAACAGGUAGUAUGGGAACCCAGGUGGGUGGGCAGAAUGUGGCCGGGAAAUAAGUUUGGUAUUGGUUUGGCACAGGUGGAGAGUCAGAAUAGUAGCCACAGCAAUGUCAAAGCAUGAUAUAAAUGCUAAUGAGAUCUGAAACGUGGAGCCUUCUGGUAAAAUGGAAAAUAGGUUUUGUGAGAGGUUUUUAUGGGUUAUAUGGGAACAUGAUUGUGACUGGAGCCAAGCACUUGGGAGUUACUGGCAUUUAUUUCAAGAGUCUUUGAAGGGGUGUCUGGGUGGCUCAGUUGGUUAAGCAUCUGACUCUUGAUUUUGGCUCAGGUCAUGAUCUCAUGGUUUAUGAGUUCAAGCCCUGCAUUGAGCUCUGUGCUGACAGUGCAAAGCCUGCUUGGGAUUCUCUCUCUUCCUCUCUCUCUGCCCCUCCCCUGCUCUCUCUCUCUCUCUCUCUCUCUCUCUCAAAACUAAAUGAAUAAACUUUAAAAUAUAUAUUAAAAAAUAAUAAAUAGUAUUUGAAGCCAGAGAAAAGGGUGAUGUCAGUCCAGGUAGAGUUCCCAUCUUUAGUAAAAAAACAAACAGGACAAUUGGUUAAAUUUUAAUGUCAGAUAAACAGCAAAUAAUUUUUUUUGUGUAGCCCACAUUGUAUAUGGACAUACUGAUCCUAAAAAUUAUUUAUUUAUGUGAAAUUCAAAUUUAUCAGGGCACCAAGUACUACAUCUGACAACCAUAACACAGGCUGCAAACACAUGCAUGCAGGGGCCAGGAAGGCCAUUUCACAGGGUGAGGGGGGUGUGAAGCAUGGUGGGGAGGGGAGCAGGUGGCCAGCCUAGAGCAGCUCUGUCUGUUCUGAGAGUACCGCAGCGGUGCAGGUCUGGACGCCAGUAUUGUAAUGUUUCAAAACAUAAUAAUAAAAAAAAUGUAGAUUUUAAUGUGGAAUAUCCAAUUUUAUUUCAUAUUUUUUGAUGUUUUUAUUUUUGAGACAGAGAGAAAGCACAAGCUGGGGAGGGGCAGAGAGAGAGGGAGAUAGGAACCGAAGCGGGCUUUGCACUGACCGCACAAAGCCUGACGCAGGGCUCAAAUCCAUGGGCCUGGAGAUCAUGACCCGAGCCGAGGUGGGUUGCUCAGUCAAAUGAGCCACACAGGUGUCCCUGGAAUAUCCCAGGUUUUAAAAGGGGACAACAGUGAAAAGAAACAAAAAAACAUUUUGAGGCAUGAACAAAGCAGGUCAAUGGGGUCCAAAAGGCAUAUCAGCCACGGGGUUGCCACCUGGAGUCUAAUCGCUAGGGAGGGGGUGGGGCAGACUUUUACCCCAUGAGUUACAGUGCUUUGUAGUGUGAGUACUUGGGUGUGGGGAAAGGACAGCAGCAAGGGAGUGAGUCCCUCAUGCGAAAGGUAAGAUGUGCAAGCAAUUCCUCUGGCUGAGGCUCCACAGUCUUGCCCUUGGGGGCCUGGACAGACCCCACUGGCUACUCUCCCUGGCGCUGGGCAGUUGACAAAGCCCACGGGGCUACACCCAGUACCACCUGCUCUCGCAGGGCCCAAGGAAGACAAGGCUCUUCUACAGGCAUCUCAGGGAACACAGCAGCAGCCGCUGGGGCCUUGCAGGCUUUCACCAGAAAAUUGUGGGCGGAAACUUCCCGGGGUUUGCUCUGAGCCGGUUUGAGGCUUCUCAGCUUCAGAUGCAAAGUGAGUGGGUGUCUCUUUGAGAAGCAGAAAGACAGAAGGAAAGAGAGAACGAGAGAGGUGUUUCCCUUGCCUAUGGAAACUCUAUAAAGACAGAGCUGACUUUUCUUCCCUGGAGCAGUCAGAAACAGCGGUCCUGGUCUUGACAUCUUCACUGGGGGCCAGCCCGAGGAACAGGCUGCCAUGCAGCAGCCCCUGAAUUACCCAUACCCCCAAAUCUACUGGGUGGACAGCAGGGCCAGUUCUCCCUGGGGCCCUCCAGGGUCGGUCCUCCCUUGUCCAUCCUCUGUGCCAGGAAGGCCUGGACAAAGGAGGCCGCCACCGCCGCCACCACCAACACUACCACCACCACCACCACCACCACCACUGCCCCCACUGCCAUUGCCACCUCUGAAGACGAGGAGGGACCACAACACAGGGCUGUGUCUUCUUGUGAUGUUUUUCAUGGUUCUGGUGGCCCUGGUUGGACUGGGGCUGGGGAUGUUUCAGCUCUUCCACCUCCAGAAGGAGCUGGCUGAACUCAGAGAGUCCACCAGCCAAAAGCAUGUAGCAUCAUCUUUGGAGAAGCAAAUAGGUCAACUCAAUCCACCCUCUGAAAAAAGGGAGCUGAGAAAAGUGGCCCAUUUAACAGGCAAGCCCAACUCAAGAUCCAUCCCUCUGGAAUGGGAAGACACAUAUGGAAUUGCCCUUGUCUCUGGGGUGAAGUAUAAGAAGGGUGGCCUUGUGAUCAAUGACACUGGGAUGUACUUUGUAUAUUCCAAAGUGAACUUCAGGGGUCAGUCCUGCAACAACCAACCCCUGAACCACAAGGUCUACAUGAGGAACUCUAAGUAUCCCCAGGACCUGGUGCUGAUGGAAGGGAAGAUGAUGAACUACUGCACUACUGGCCAGAUGUGGGCCCGCAGCAGCUACCUGGGGGCAGUAUUCAAUCUCACCAGUGCUGACCAUUUAUAUGUCAAUGUAUCUGAAUUAUCUCUGGUCAGUUUUGAGGAAUCUAAGACAUUUUUUGGCUUAUAUAAGCUCUAAGAAAAGCACUUUGGGAUUCUCUCCAUAUGGUUCUUUGUUACAGGCACUGAGAAUAUGAUCUUGAAUGAGAGUCUUCUUAAGCCCACUUGAGGUCAAGUGAGAAGACAUGAGCCAAGUAGACCUUGAGACUACAGGGUCCAGCAGGUCUACAGUUCCUCAUCUCACUGUAGAUGUCCAUCUGUCUGGUCCAUGUGCCAGACAGGAGGGGGAAUAUGACUGAAGAACAUGAGACUCUCGCUGCCAUGUGAAGAUGCAGAGGCAGGGAGAAGCAGCUACCAAGGUGUUCUACACUCAUCUUAAGUGGCCAAAAGCAUUUUGGCCCAUUGGAAAGGACAAUUAACUCACCUCUUGGGGUGAGUUUACUGUCUACCUCAGGGGAGGCUGCCUUUCAGAUAUAUGGAUGUGACAUGAGUGUAUAAGGGAUGGAAAAAGAAGACUAGGCUUGCAUGAUAAGCUAAAGAGACAAAAAGGCCAGUGUCCCAUUGGCAGCAUCUUUUUUUUUUUCAAAAUUUUUUGUAACGUUUAUUUAUUUUUGAGACAGAGAGAGAUGGAGCAUGAAUGGGGGAGGGGCAGAGAGAGAGGGAGACACAGAAUCGAAAGCAGGCUCCAGGCCCUGAGCCAUCAGCCCAGAGCCCAACGUGGGGCUCGAACUCACGGACCGCGAGAUCGUGACCUGAACUGAAGUCGGACACUUAACCGACUGAGCCACCCAGGCACCCCGGCAGCAUCUUUAUUUCUAAAUGCAUAGCCUAAGCUACCAGGUGAUGCUAACAGAAUAGAAAGGGGGAUCUUUUGGGAAGUUGGUCCAUUCCCUACAUAGCAUGUACAUUUUCAGUGCAAUUGUAGAGGUGUGUAUGUGUGCACACGUGUGUGCAUGCGUGUGUGCGUGCAUGCAUGUGCACAUGUUCACAUGCAUGUGACUGGAAGAGUUACCUAAGUAGGGACAGUGUGGAGAUUGGGAAGGACAUGUUAGGAAAACAUGGGUCGCAUUCAGUGGUAGAUUUUGAGUACUUCUUGGCAACGAACUCAGCUGUCCUCAAAAUAGUCCUCAAGACUCUUUGAUUGUCAGCUGUUGAUGCUGUUUUCCUAUAAUAUAAUCAGUAUUUAUAUACAUUUUGUGUAUUUUAAUGAAAAUAAUACAUGUAAUAAAAAUUAUAUUUUAGAAUACAGAUAAACAGUGCUUUUUGGAAAUCGCUAAGAUUUGGAUUUUUUCCUUAUUAUUUCUCUCCUCCAUGGCUUCCUCACAUAUUUUGACUUAAGGCCAAGUUAAGAAGAACUCACUGGGGUGAGAAGAACUGUGGAGCAAAUCUGUCAUUGCCAGACAUCCCUCUCCCUCAGCCUCUUUCCCAUUAUCCAAAGUUUUCAUUACCUAUGCUAUUGCCAGUGUUAAGCUCAUCCAACUUGCAAUAGAUUUGAUGACAAUUUCCCCCCACCCCCCAGGGGGCAGAGCCAUACCAGAGUGGAAGGGGCAAGACUUUGGACUGAAAAACCUGAACUUGAAUUUUUGUUCCUCUACUUACUAACUGUGUAAUCACUAGGCGAGUCACUUGACCUCUCUUGGACAAAAAUGGCUGAUAUGUACAUAAAGUAUUGAUACAUGGCAUCUGUCUAAACAAUGGCAUCUAUCUUUAUUAAUAAGCCACUCCGUGAGAGGCACUUCAUGCUCCAGAAGAAGCCAUUGACCUGAGGGAUCCAUCCAAACCCCUGGUCUCUUACACUGUUCUGUUCUUCACUCACAAUGACUUUUUCCUAUUUUUUCUCAACUAUUCACUACCAUGGCUUCUCCUUAGACUUUGUUGUUGUUAAAAAUUAUGGUAUUUCUUGGAGUGCCUGGGUGGCUCAGUCAGUUAGGUGUGCGACUUUGCCUCAGGUCAUGAUCUUGUGGUCGCAAGUUUGAGCCCCGUGUCAGGCUUGUGCUGACCGCUCAGAGCCUGGAGCCUGUUUCAGAUUCUGUGUCUCCCUCUCUCUGACCCUCCCCUUGUUCAUGCUCUGUUUCUCUCUGUCUGAAAAAUAAAUAAACAUUAAAAAAAAAAACUUUUAAAAAUAAAAAAAAUUAUGGUAUUUCCUUUACAAUUUGAUUUCUUAUUUUCACAAUAUCACCUCUUAUUAUUACAGCUCAAUUGCUUCAACGUUUUCUCUCCUAAAAUAUGUAUAUUUUUACCAUAUUGAGGCCUCUAAUAAACUAUCAUUCCUUACAUAUCCAUCAGCUCCUUCUUUAUCUUUACUCCUCUCUCUGAUAAGCUUAGAUUCUACCCUUAUCAGGACAAUCAUUAUCUUGGAAAAAUUUUCAACUCCAGAAUAUUCUGCUUCCUUCACUGUAUUCUCCUUGCAAAAAUCCCAUUUUUUUAAGCUGGCAUCCUAAAAGCUGAACAUUGCUGGAGAAAAAUUACCCAAAUAGACAGAUUGGUUUAUUUUUUAUCUAUUGUCUACUUAAAUAGAUUACUCUUUAUCACUGAUUUAUUUCUAUCUUUUGAUUGAUUUGAAUAAGCAAUACAUGGAUAUAAUACAAAUGUUAAAUAAAAGGCACACAAGGGUAUAAGAAUGGAAGUAAACCCUCUUUUCAUUGUGCCCCAUGGUCCCAUUUCUGCCCACAGAGUGUAUCACUGUCUCCUUCUGUAGCUUCCCGGAGAUGGUCUAUUUGUAAGUAUGACAUCACUUUAUAUCUGGGUUUCCCAACCUUGGUUCUAUUGACAUUCUGAGCUGGAUAAUUAUUUGUUGUGGGGGUUUUCCUGUGCACUGUAGUAUGUUUAGCAGUAUCCAUGCCCUCUAUCCACUAGAUGCUAGUAGCAUUGCUCCCUCCUCCAUGUGUGAUAACAAGAAUAUGUCCAGACAAUGCCAAAUGUUCCCAAGCUGGGGUGGGAAGACAUAAUCAGCUCUACUUGAUUGAGAACACUGCUUUGUAUUCAUGGUCACAGAUCAUUUAAUCCUGCCUAGAACUUUUUCUUCUGUUCCCUGCCAAGCACAUUUUUCCACUGUUUGAAACAAUUAUGUCUUAUCUUUUUCUCUUGCAAACCUGCCGUAUCACCUUCUCCCACCAUGGAACCUCACUUAUACCACCAGAACACAAAUCACCUGCAUCUGCAUGAUCUCUUUCUUUUAUCCUUAUAGUGGAGGAAGAGGGCCAUCUUUUCAUUUGUGCACUAGACCCUUUUCCUCUCCCCUACUUUGCCUCUUUAAAAUUGUUCUUUCUUCUGAAUUCUCAAACCAUCACUGUCUAUGAAAUGGUUUUCAUCAGCAUGUACAUAUGUUCAAGUAUCCUUUUUCAAUAAAAGACAGCCCAACCCAAACUAAAAAGAUCCCAAACCUUUCUUUACCUUUCUUCUUCUCCAGUGAUGGCUACAUUUCUCAUUUUCCUGGUAGAGACAAACAUCUGAGAAGGUUGUCUCCACAUACAUGGGCUCCAUUUCCUUAGCCAGGAAUGGCCUUCAGGCUCUUCAUGUGACUGACUUCUUAUCGUUCAGGUCUUAGUUUAAAUGUCACCUCCUCAGACCAUUUCUAGAACCUCCUCUUUUUCUCAUUGUUUUAUUGCUCUCUAGUUCCUUCUUAGUAACUAGCAUAACUUGUGGUUAUGUUCUUUAUUUGACAACUUUCAAAACAUCUGUUUUUUCCAGUAGAAUAAAAGUUCCAAAAGCAAGACCUUUUCUGCUUUGUUUACCACUGUAACCUCAUCACCAAACCCAGUGUCUGGCGUAUAUUAAGAGCUCAAUAGAUAGCUGUUGACUGAAUAACCUUAAUUAUAAAGCAAAUAUUUCUCAGUUUGGGGUAUAUGUGUAUGUUUCUCAGCCUAAUGAAUAUAUUCACUACUAGUCGUAGUAUUGUCUCAUGAAUGUAUGUGAAUGUUUAUCCAGCUUUAAGUAGGUUAUCUACUGGGAAUUUGAGGCUACAGAUGGAAGAAAUAGUGCAUCCUAAUUCUUAGCACUGGAAAAUGAGAAAAACCUAUUUGGUGUGUGGUAUUACCAGGAGUUAUUCAGGAGACUGUUGAGGGAAAGCUGCUGGAACUAGAGCUGAACUUGUCCCUUAGAAGAUAUUCAAUAAAUAUUUGUUGAAUAAAUUAAUGAACAAAACCAAAGAUGCAUGCUGAAGUGUGUCACCUGCUCUCCUUAAAACUCUUCUGUUGAUUCAUCUGCUUCCUGACCAGUACAUCAUGGAGAAAGUCAGGGAGGUAUUUAUUCACCCUUCUUUUGGCUGCUUGUUUGUAUUCCUAGCCCUCAUGAUUAAACCCUCCUUAUCCCUUUUCUCCUCUUUUGGCUCCAAACAAGUACACCAGUUCUAAGCGUAAUGGGAAGUUUACUGGACCUUUUUUUUUUUUUUUUUUAAAAUCAAUGGACCCUUCUAAAUAAUGGUACCAGAGCAAAAAGGAAGUAGGAAUGGCACUGGGCAUCCUGAGAAAACAUAAGGCCAUCAGCUAGUAGUGGUAUUACUGGCACUUUUAUCCCUCCAAGUCUAAGCUCUAUUAGGAUGCCUUUGGGAUUUUCUGAAGAUAAAGCCAUAACUUACCAUGGUUUAAGUACUUGUUCCAGGAAAGAGAUGCUAA